UUUUUAAAGUUGAGAAGGGGAGGCGGAUCCUGCAUCUAUAAAUAAUCCCCUUCAUUCACCAACUUCUCCAUCGUCAACCAUUAAUCAAAAUCACAGAGUUCACAAAUCUCCCACGCAAAUUUCCCACAGACCUCACGACACUGCUUUAAUGGCGACCAAAGUGUAUAUUGUUUUCUAUUCCAUGUACGGACACGUUGAGAGACUUGCAGAAGAGAUUAAGAAGGGGGCUGAAUCUGUAGAAGGUGUUGAAGCCAAGUUGUGGCAGGUUCCCGAAACUUUACCAGAGGAAGUCCUUGGAAAGAUGAGUGCGCCACCUAAGAGUGAUGUACCAAUAAUCACCCCUAGUGAACUCUCCGACGCCGAUGGGUUUGUUUUUGGCUUCCCGACUAGAUUUGGGAUGAUGGCUGCUCAAUUCAAAGCAUUUCUGGAUGCCACUGGAGGUCUUUGGAGAACCCAACAACUCGCAGGCAAGCCUGCUGGUAUCUUUUAUAGUACCGGAUCCCAGGGAGGUGGUCAAGAAACUACCGCGUUGACUGCCAUCACUCAACUGGUUCACCAUGGAAUGAUAUUCGUACCGAUUGGUUACACUUUUGGCGCUGGCAUGUUCGAGAUGGAGCACGUGAAAGGUGGAAGUCCAUAUGGAGCUGGAACUUUCGCAGGUGAUGGCUCGAGACAACCAUCCACUCUUGAGUUAGAGCAAGCCUUCCACCAAGGAAAGUACCUUGCUACCAUCACAAAGAAGCUCAAGGGAUCAGCCUAAACUUCUGUUAACCAUAUCAAAGAUCCUGUUUGAAAAGCCAUUUCCC